CUCGACCUAGAAGUUAAACCAACUUAGCUUGGCAUCGAUCAAAUUCAAUCGUCCAUUGAAUUUGAUACGAUCGGUCGCGUCUUCUCCUUUCCGAUCCUCACUGUACCGUCCUCAAGGAUUAUCCACGCACACCGCUUAGGAUUACCUACGCACCCGGGAUUACCACAACUGCCGCUUGUAGCAGUCCAAAAGUGUACACCAUGAGAAGUGCACUGUUUGUCUUGGCGCUUUGCGUUGUGGCAGUGGCCACCGCAUCGGCCGAUACCCAUGAGCGCAAAACUCGUGCCGCCGAGGGUUACUUCUACCCCCCGCCCGAGGUGCCGUUCGAUCUGCCCGUCCGCACCACCCAGCCGCCCACUAGGCCGCCAACGCGCCCUCCUACUCGGCCACCAACGCGCCCUCCAACUAGGCCACCAACCACUCGUCCUCCAGCAACCUAUCUGCCGCCCACCAACAAGCCACUGCCACCAGUGACCACCCGUCUGCCUCCUCCACCACCACCACCAAGGACUCCUGCCCCAACGAGGCCACCAACCAGGCCCCCAACCACCCGUCCUCCAGCAACUUACCUGCCACCCACCAACAAGCCACUGCCACCAGUGACCACCCGCCUGCCUCCUCCACCACCACCACCAAGGACUCCUGCCCCAACGAGGCCACCAACUAGGCCCCCAACCACUCGUCCUCCAGCAACCUACCUGCCACCCACCAACAAGCCACUGCCACCAGUGACUACUCGUCGUCCAACACCACCACCAACUCGUCCACCAACCUACGCACCCACCACUCGUCGCCUGACGACUCCGGCUCCUACUUACCUGCCACCCACCAACAAGCCACUGCCACCGGUCACCGUGCGCACCACCGUUCGCACCACUCCUCGUCCAACUCCUCCUCCUACCAGGCCACCAACUAGGCCACCAACCACCUACCUGCCCCCCGUUGUUGUGACCACUCGUCGUCCAACACCGCCACCAACUCGUCCACCAACCUACCCACCCACCACUCGUCGUCUGACGACUCCGGCUCCUACUUACCUGCCACCCACCAACAAGCCACUGCCACCGGUCACCGUGCGCACCACCGUUCGCACCACUCCCCGUCCUACUCCUCCUCCUACCAGGCCACCAACUAGGCCACCAACCACCUACCUGCCCCCCGUUGUUGUGACCACUCGUCGUCCAACACCGCCACCAACUCGUCCACCAACCUACCCACCCACCACUCGUCGUCUGACGACUCCGGCUCCUACUUACCUGCCACCCACCAACAAGCCACUGCCACCGGUCACCGUGCGCACCACCGUUCGCACCACUCCCCGUCCUACUCCUCCUCCUACCAGGCCACCAACUAGGCCACCAACCACCUACCUGCCCCCCGUUGUUGUGACCACUCCUCGUCCAACUCCUCCUCCUACCAGGCCUCCAACCAAGCCCCCAACCACCUACUUGCCCCCCGUUGUCGUGCGCACCACUCGUGCCACCCCACCACCAACUCGUCCUCCAACCCGUCCACCAACCUACGCACCCACCACUCGUCGUCUGACCACCCCGGGACCCACUUACUUGCCACCCACCAACAAGCCACUGCCCCCAGUCACCGUGCGCACCACCGUUCGCACCACUCCUCGUCCAACUCUGCCUCCUACCAGGCCACCAACCCGCCCACCAACCACCUACCUGCCACCCCCAACUGUGCGAACCACCCGUCCUCCUCCACCACCCACUCGUCCCCCAACUAAGCCACCAACCACCUACCUGCCCCCCGUUGUGCGCACCACUCGUGCCACCCCACCAUCAACUCGUCCACCAACCUACCCACCCACCACUCGUCGUCUGACGACUCCGGCUCCUACUUACUUGCCACCCACCAACAAGCCUCUGCCACCGGUCACCGUGCGCACCACCAUUCGCACCACUCCCCGCCCAACUCUGCCACCCACGAGGCCACCAACCCGCCCACCAACCACCUAUCUGCCACCCCCAACUGUGCGCACCACCCGUCCUCCUCCACCACCCACUCGUCCCCCAACUAAGCCACCAACCACCUAUCUGCCCCCCGUUGUGCGCACCACUCGUGCCACCCCACCACCAACUCGUCCACCAACCUACCCACCCACCACUCGUCGUCUGACGACUCCGGCUCCUACUUACUUGCCACCCACCAACAAGCCUCUGCCCCCAGUCACCGUGCGCACCACCAUUCGCACCACUCCCCGUCCUACUCCUCCUCCUACCAGGCCACCAACCCGCCCACCAACCACCUAUCUGCCACCCCCAACUGUGCGCACCACCCGCCCUCCUCCACCACCCACCCGUCCCCCAACUAGGCCCCCAACCACCUACCUGCCCCCCGUUGUCGUGCGCACCACCCGUCCUCCUCCCCCACCCACACGUAGGACCACCGUGUACGUGCCACCACCAACCGUGCGCACCACCGUGUACGUGCCACCCCCGACUCAGCGCACCACAGUGUACGUCCCACCCGCACCCACCAAGCACCAGGGCUACCAGUACCCCGUGCCCAGCAUCCCCUUCAACUUCUAGAUCUAGAGAUCCAGAUGUGAUUAGGGAUAGGGCCUUCGUCUAGGGCUAGAUUGAUCUAGUCAAUUCUCGUACAGUCUAACUUUACACGAUCCGGCGCCAGCGGUGCUAGAGGGCGCCACUGGUGCGCCUGCAUGGACGACAAUUGUUUGUUUUUAUUUUAUUUUUGUAAUUAAUGAAUCGCAUACUCAUACAGCUAGGGAUCAUUGUAAAUGAGUGCCCCAAUUGUACAGCUAACAGUCUAUCCAACUCUUGCUAUGUUCUACCACUACUAUACGAUCGAUGGGCGGCCGUCGUCUGUGACGGGCGCCAGCUCAAGACUAUAUAGCUCUAUAUUACGAUUAAAUAAACUUUUAAUUCGGAUCGCUGAAACCUGAACAAUAAAAUAAGUUUUUCGAAUAUUUA